ACGCCAUUUUGGUUCGAACCACGCGGUUGUGACACGAGUGUCGUGUGGAGUACUGUAAAUACAUACUUUCGCAUUAAAAUAUCUUAUACAUCUUGCAUGAAAACUAUAAUGUCUCCAAGUCAACCUUUGCCUCCGAAGGAAAAUACUUUAUUUAAACGAAUUUUGAAAUGCUAUGAACAAAAGCAAUAUAAAAAUGGGUUAAAAUUUGCUAAACAAAUUUUAACAAAUCCUAAAUAUAGUGAUCAUGGAGAGACGCUAGCAAUGAAGGGCUUAACGCUUAAUUGCUUAGGCCGCAAAGAAGAAGCAUAUGAGUAUGUCAGAAAAGGACUCAGGAAUGAUUUGAAAAGUCAUGUGUGUUGGCAUGUUUUUGGAUUAUUACAAAGAUCUGACAGAAAAUAUGAUGAAGCAAUCAAAUGCUAUCGUAAUGCAUUAAAAUGGGACAAGGACAAUAUUCAAAUACUGAGGGACUUAUCUCUUCUUCAGAUACAGAUGAGAGAUUUGGAAGGUUACAGAGAUACGCGAUAUCAGCUGUUUAUUUUAAGGCCUACCCAAAGAGCUUCAUGGAUUGGUUUUGCAAUGGCUUAUCAUUUGCUAAAAGACUAUGAUAUGGCUUUGAAAAUUCUAGAAGAAUUUCGUAAAACCCAAACCAAACGAGGCUAUGAUUAUGAACACAGUGAGUUACUUUUAUAUCAGAAUAUGGUUAUGCGAGAAGCUGGAAAUUUAGAAGAUGCUCUUAAUCACUUAAACAAGUAUGAAGAACAAAUUUGUGAUAAAUUAAGUGUCCUGGAGGCAAAGGCAAAAUUAUAUCUAGAUUUAAAACAAUUAAAAGAAGCAAAGGAUAUUUUUAUAGAAUUAUUGCAUAGGAAUCCUGAAAAUCACAUGUAUUAUGAAGGUCUGGAGACAGCUUUGCAAGCAGUAACUGUUGAAGAUAAGAUGAAAAUUUAUAAUGAAUUUCAAGAAAAAUUUCCUAGGGCACAGACUCCACAAAGAAGACCUCUUAAUUUCACAUCUGGUGAGCAGUUCAAAAAUUUAGUUGGAAAAUAUAUUCAAAAAGCUUUACAUAAAGGAGUACCACCAUUAUUUGUUGAUUUACGGCCUUUAUACAAAGAUCCUGAAAAAGCACGAAUUAUUGGAGAUUUAGUUCAUGGUUAUGCUGAAUGUUUAAUGAGGCACGAUGUUUUUACAGAAGAUAAAAUUAACUCUAUCGAAAAGGAGCCUGCAACUGCGCUGUUAUGGGCUUAUUAUUUUUUGGCUCAACAUUUUGAUUAUUUAGGUUGUACUACUAAAGCUUUGGACUAUAUUAAUACUGCAAUAGAUCACACACCUACGUUAAUAGAACUGUUUCUGGCUAAAGCUAGACUAUAUAAGCAUUCAGGUGAUAUUCAAGAAGCUGUGCAUUGUCUAGAUGAAGCACAAGCUCUUGACACAGCUGAUCGAUAUAUAAAUUCUAAAUGUGCCAAAUAUAUGCUCAGAGCCAACAUGGUUAAAGAAGCUGAAGAAAUGUGCUCUAAAUUUACUAGGGAAGGUGUAUCUUCAAUGGAAAAUCUCAAUGAGAUGCAGUGUAUGUGGUUUCAAACUGAAUGUGCAUUAUCAUAUCAAAGGCUUGGAAAGUGGGGUGAAGCAUUAAAAAAAUGCCACGAAGUUGAUAGGCAUUUUUCUGAAAUUAUCGAAGAUCAAUUUGACUUCCACACUUACUGCAUGCGGAAAAUGACUCUCAGGGCAUAUGUAGGACUUCUGCGACUUGAAGAUGUACUACAGUCUCAUCCAUUUUAUUUCAAAGCUGCCAAAGUUGCAAUUGAGGUUUAUUUGAGGUUGUACGAUAAGCCUCUAACAGAAAAUGAAAUAUCUGAAGAAAUAACUACAGCUAAUAUGGCUCCUGCAGAUUAAAGAAAUACGCAAUAACAACGUAAGGCAAGGAAGCGUGCUGAGCUUGAAAAGGAAAAGCAGACAGCAGCUCAAGAGAAGCGAGAGCAACAUAUAAAGUCUCGCCAGCAGCAGGAUGGAGAAGCUGAUGGGGUUAAGGAAGAAGAACUAGUGCCAGAAAAAUUAGCAAAGGGGGAAGAUCCAUUAGGCCAAGCCAUUCGUUUCCUCAGGCCUCUUCAGUCUUUAGCAUCUGAAAGGAUAGAAACCCAUUUAUUGGCCUUUGAGAUAUAUAUAAGGAAAGAUAGGCUAUUGUUAAUGCUUCAGUCUAUUAAAAGAGCUUGGUUGAUUGACCCGACACAUCCUAAGUUGCAUUCAAAUCUAGUUCGUUUCUAUAAUAUUGUUUCAAGUAGAAAAGAAAUGCCUGCCCCUAUGAAAACCGUCCUUAAACAAGAAAUGGAUAAAAUUUAUGGGGGAAAAAAUGCUCAUGAACUCAAUGAAGAAUUCUUAGCCCACUUUUCCAAUUCAUUGCCUCAUCUCUUACAAGGUGCUCGAAUGAAGUACUGCCUUGAUAAAACAUCACAAGACAAAGCAAUUAGUUAUGUGACAAAUUUCAACAAUCAAAUGAAAGGAGUUACUAUACAAAGUUGUGUUGAAGUUUUGGAAGCAAUGAGAAAUGGUGAUCUUGGCUCCUGUGAUAAAGAAAUGGCCUCUUUCCUAGCCAAAUGUCAAGAACUCUUUCCUUAUGCAGCAAUUUUUAGGCAACCACAUGAGAACAAUGUGGGUUCUACUCCCAAUUCUGUUGCCAACCACGUAGAUGGAAUAAUACCCAAAGAAGAUUAGUUGCUGUCUUUAGUGCUUAUAAUCCAUACUAGCGCUCGUGUUCUCCUGUUUUUCGACUCGGAUCUCCCGACUAAGCAGCUCCAUGGCAACAGGGAGCAGGGCUACUUCAAAUGUGCCCUUCACUGCAUUCGGGUUUCAUCAAACAGAGGGGUGUAUAUACGUGCGCUAAUUCAUACCAAGACAUUGGUGGAAUGGAUAAUAUUUAGUUAAUUUUUUUAAAGAACUCCAGUUGCUGGUGACCUCAAAGGCUACAUGCCAUAUAAUGCAAAACUUUUUUUAAAUUUCUGUAUGAACGGAAAACUAUUGACUAAAAUAAUGGAAUGUUCUUAUAACAAAGAAAAACAAUGAACUGAUAUAUGAAAGUGUGGUUGGAAUUUUUGCUAGUCUGUCCCAGUAUAUAUGUAAUGAGACUCUUAGUUACAGUGAUUGCCCAACAGCCCUGCUGGCUUUUAGAUAGUAUUUGUGAUAUUAUGAAGACACAUGUGUUGAUAUUAUGGCCAUGAAUUUUAAACUAUUAGACAAUCCUCAUUUAUAAAUUAUAUGUUGUUGAUUGUAUCUGAAUCAAAAAUCUAUUAUUGUUUAAAUAAUAUUUUUAUGUGAUUUCAUUGUUCUUUCGCCUGUUGAUCUAUUUCAGUUUCAUCAUGCAUUUAAAUGUUUACUUCUUUAUAUUCUUCAGAUUAAAAUAUCUUAAGUGUAAUACAUAAAAAAAAAUCAAGCAGUAAAAUUCAAAAUUCUACACUUGCUUUAUUUCUAGUUAGGAAAAGUUCAAUAUUUAAAACAUACAGUUUAUUAUGUGAAAAAGAAAUAUAAUGGCAAUGAAAUUCUGAAUCAUUUGUUUCGAAUUGCAUUGAGUAAUAUUAUUAAAAAUGAUAAAUUCUGCUAGAGUAAUAUCAAUACAUGUGCAUUCCUAAUACAUUUUAUACAACUGUGCAUGGUCUAGUGAGAAACUGUUACUUAUAACAAACCUUAUUUUUUUACCUUACCAUCUAUUGCUUGUUGCUGUUUUGUUGUUAGCAGUGAGCUAUUGUCAUCAAUGCCAGAAAACUCAGCAGUACUUUUGUUUUGUGGUCCUUCUCUUAUUCAUGCCUUUAUUCUCAUAUUGAUCUCUAGUGGUCUGUAAUGAAACUGAGAGAGAAGUUUUAAUUUAUGUCAGCAUUUACUAUAUUUUAAUGGAUUAUCAAUAAGUAUGAUAUUGUUAUCCAAUUACUAAUUUUAAAAUUUGUAACUUGAGAAUUUUGUCUAGUCUUUUUUUUUUUUUUUUUUUUUUUUUUUUUUUUUU